AUGUUCUCAGAAGAUACGAGUUUGCUCGCUGAUCUUUCCUCAGACGAUGAUUCAAGAAAGCUUGGUUCCGCUACCAAGAUCAACGAGAUUCUCUUAAAGAGUAUGCCAGGAAUAGCGGAUCAUGAUACUCAAGAGCUGAUACAAUCUGGAGUUAUAUAUCGUUUGGUUUGCUUUCUUGGCGCGAAAGAUUUCUCUAGGCUUCAUUAUCAGGCAGCUUCCUGUCUAACAAGAAUUGCUGUUAGUAAACCGGAUCUGGUAGUUGCUUACGAUGCUGUUCCAGGGCUAGUCAAGCUUCUUGCUUCAAAUAGAGAUUAUGUCCGUGAUCAGGCUAUAUGGGCAAUAUGUAAUGUUGCUGUCCAUCCUAUACACCGUGACUAUGUUCUUAACUCUGGGGCAUUGGUGCCACUGUUGAAUCUACUGUCCAAGAAUAUUAACUUGCCGACGCUAAGAUUUGCCACUCUGACUUUGUGUCACUUGUGUCGUGGAACGCCUCCGCCUAUCUUCGAACAGAAGCUGGAGUCCAGAGUGUGA